UGUGUCAUUGCUGAGAUGGAGAUUUAGGUGUCAAAGUUGUUUACUGUUCUAAGUGCUCGUUGAAUCCGACUUCCGAAAAACCUCCCCGAAAUUCGAUCUCACUUGUUAUUAAUUUAAAUUAAAGCAGUUAUCAGAGCAAAGUUGGUGCGGGGCGGCUUUCCUCAUUUUUGAGCCAUCGUCGUACAUCAGGACUGUGUGGCGAAAUAUCAAUCGGUGAAGUGCAUACCGAGAAAACUUGAAUCGCAGAAUCGUGAAUAAAAUCAUAAAUGUGGCACACUGGAACGUGAAGUUAUGAACUUGAACUUGAUUUUGACAGUGGAUCGUGUCUAAAAAACCGUGCCUCAAAAAAUGUCGCGCAUUGAAGCCAUGGAGUUUCGACUUAAUGGAGCCUGGAUUAUGAUAUAAUUGAGAAGUUUUGAAAUGGGUCAUUUUGGAGAUGUAAGAUUCGUUUACGGGAAAAUCAGUUGGAUAAACCGUUUGAAAAAAGACGAAUAGCUGUGAAAAUUUAUCUAAAAGAUGGAGGACAGUCCUUUUCUAUGCCUGGAGCACUUGGCUAUGCUCCGCUCAGCCGUGCUCAUGUGGGAGCAGCCUCAGAUCCAGGCGAAGAUCAACGAGUACUUCCGGACGGAGUACUCGUGCAAGCAGCCCAAACAGAAGAAGGAGAAGUGGAACGACCUCACUCGGGAGGUGGUCCAGCUCCUCUCGCUGGUGCCCCUCCCGCCCAGCAUCCACUGCGAGAUGGUCCACAUCGUCCGCUCUCUCGGCGAGCGACUCUUCUACUGGACCAAGUACGCCAAGAACAUGUCCAUAGCCAGCUCCGACUUCUCCAAGCCCGUCUUCUGGACGCCUAUGGGCACCAUCGACCAGGUGAGGAUCAUAAAAACCCUAUGCAGUCGCGGCGGUCCCUCAAACGUAUGCAGCCUCUACCAGCUAGCGUGCAACAACUGCCUGGAGGAAUACGUGGAGUACCUCUGGCAGCAGGUGCCGCGGGAGGUGCAAGAGGGCCCGUUCUACCUGGAGGGGAUCUACCAGCAGGCCGAGUUCCACCUGGUGGCCUACUGGAAGUUCUUCAUGGAGGGCAAGCUCUCCUUCCUGGUCAACCUGCUCAAGCACAUGAGCCUCGAGGCCUCGGACUUCUACAUCCUCAACCACCCCGUCCACGAGAACAUGUUCCGCCUCGCCGUCGUCGAGGGCUACCACGCGGCCACCAAGUACUUCUGGGCCAAGUUGGACGACGAGCAGCGGGAGCGCAACCUCUUGAAAUGCGCCAUCUUGUCUAUUGAAAAGAGCAACGAGGUGCUGUCUGGAAACCUGUUCUCGUACAAGAACCACGUGCACGUGGACAUCCUAGUGUUCUUGCUCUGGCGGAUGUCGCGGGUGCAGCGGCUGGAGUUGUACUCGCGGCACAAGAACACGGUGCUCAAGAUGCUCCUGUACACUUGGCCAUGGCAAGGGCUCUUCCUCUGCGCGCUCGAGGAGAUGUGGCCGCUCUUCUCGGAGCAGGACUACCAGAGCCUCAUGCACUCGGUCAUGAGCCGCCUGACCCAGGACGCCGAGCAGGGCUACCCGCUCCACCACAACAAGUUCCACCGCAUCUUCCAGGCUGUCUGGCGGGCCACCCCGCCGCACCUCAAGCAGAGCGUCGACCGCAACUGCUGGCAGGUACUCUCGGUGCUGUUCAAGGUGGAGGACAUCUCGAGUAUCUCGAUGAUCGUGAACGACCCGGACCUGCGCGAGCGGCGCCACGACCUGAUCGCCGAGGGGAAGAGCUACUUCACGAACCUCAUCAAAGAGGAGAAGUUCGAGCUGCUGGAGCAAUGCAUGGAGGAGCUCCACUUCUCCGAGGAGGAGCAGAACAGCCUCAAAUCCCAGAUCCACAUCAACAUCGACUACAUGCGCUUCAUCAAGCAGGAAGAGUACGAGAGGGUCGACAAGUACCUCGCCUGGGCCAUGAAGAAACAGGAGGAUCGCCUCAACCUCAAACAAAAGCUCAGGUGCAGUCCGUUCUCUGUAGCCCACAUCUGCACUUUGUGGUCGGUACCGCUGGGCGACCUGAGCGACGCGAAGCAUCGCUCAGCCAAAUUCCUCGACUGGCUCUUCGACGCCGAGGAGGACCAACUCGCCUUCAAGAUCAACCACCUCACCCUCUCCGAGCUCCACGCCAAAAUCAUCACCAAAUUCAUCCCUUUCAACCACUUCGAGAUCGUGGAGCCGUUCCUCGAGUGGUGCCUCCUCACGCACGAGGAGAUCCAGGACCUGAAAGCGCGCGUCGUGGCUGAGACCGCCGCCUCCACGUGCAAGCGUCUCGUCUCCGCCGACCUCCUCUUCGUCGUCGAGCACUUCCUGGCUUGGGCCUUCGCGGAGGCGGACCGCCGAGAGUUCGCACAGGCUGAUCGCCGCGAGUUCGCCCAGCAGUUCAUAUUGUCCGAGGACGGUGUCAUGGCCGCUUGUAACCUGGUGCGCAAGUGCAGAAGUAUCAACGCCAGCCGGGCGGCUCGACUGGAGAAGUUCGAGAUGUUGUUCAAUCUGUUCUUGCAUUCGUUGGAGACGAAGGAGGUGUUCAAAGUUAGGUACCGGAUGUAUGUCAACGAGUUUAUCAGUGGGAGAGUGGUCGAGGAUUACCUGUUUUUCUUCGAUGUUCUGGAUGCGUUUGAAGUGCCUGCGUGGUGACGUCGUCACACGUGAUGACCUCGAAAAAAAGUUCACAAAAAAGACACUGAAAAAGUGUCUCGUUAUAUCAUCCAAACCACUCGGUUUGUCAAACCGAACUUUUGGCUCUUGUAACUCGACUUUGCCCAUCGAGUGAACUGACGAACGAAGUUCGGUCUUAUGAAUUCGGUUAACACAAACCGAAGAUUCGGGUUGACAAGUCGCACAGUUGGGAUGAUGAGGGAUACUGAACGUUCGGUUCAUAUGGUCGAACCCUUUUUUUCAGUGGUACUUCUUGAGCCAAAAAUGGACUCAAGGUCUGUAAGUCGGGAUGGACCACUGGAUAGAUGUAGGAUUUAAAACAAAUAUGCCGUUUUGGCCGUGUCUUAAGGAAGGCGACAAGUUAUCAGUGGUACGCUAAAUUUGCUCAGGCGAACACUUCAAUAAAUCUAGAAAAAAUGCUAAUUGAUUGACGAAAAUGUAUCAAAAUACGGCCCCUAUCAAAUACAAGGACAGAGUCAAAUGUAUUUCCCCUGCCCUCUCUAAUUAGCACGUCUUAAUUAAAUCACCACAAGACAUUUCCUCAUCAAAAUUGUUCGAGGAAUGCACGGAGGGCGUUUUAAAAGUUCGAAAUCAACUGAUGCACACAUUUGGAAAGUCACCUUACAAAAAUGUAACAAAAAAUGAUAACCCAGAUCUGAGCCGGAGUCUUUAACAGUCUUGUACUUGUGUUUCGAUUUUAAAAAAGUUUUAAGCAUUGUUCUGGCAAAAAAAUGUCCGAAUAAGUCACCGCUUUUUAACAUAGACUUAAAUGUGUCUAUUUUUGAAGAAUGAUCGAGUGGUUUUUUGGGCAAAGAAUUUUGAAACAUCUGGAUUGUAACGCAAGUCUCUGGUACCUUCGUCUCUCAUAAAGAAUUUAUACAUCAAAAGAUACACACAUAUGGGGCUUAGAGUAAACUGAAGAAGAGUUACUCACAAGAUUCCGUUUAGAAACACAUAUUGCAAAAGUUUUAUUACUCCUGUUCGCGUUUUACAAACUAAUCGUAAGCAUAUUUUAUCUUGUUAUUUUGAGAGGCAUCUUUCCUUAAUUCCUUUCUUUUACGUCAAUCUUUUUUCGUUAAUAAAGUCAUUGAAACCAUGAA